AAUUUGCCUCAUUUUUUGGUCUUACAUGCUUACCUGCGAUGUUUGCUGGAGGCAAGCAUCAUGGAAAAGAAGGGGACACCCAUGCAGCAGAGGAGUUUUGUAAAGUUAUAAGAAGAGUGCACCAGGUACCCCCAGAAAAAGUAUACAUCCCGACAAAAGUAACCAGAAGGACCAGUCAUAUUUAUAAUACUGAAAAGGACUCUAACCACAUCACCCAACGAUACAGCAGACACAAGGAAAAUUUCUCUAAAGGAUUUUUCACACCCUGUCACCAGCCAUAUGCUCCUGUGGGAGGGGACAGUGCUGCACAUUACAAGGACUUGGUGUGUGAGGAGUUAAAAAAGUUUGGGUCUAUUCCGCCUGUAGUUGUCACAUCUCAGACAGAAAAUAAAAGGACACAUUCUCAUGAAGAAAAACAUGGCGUGCAGAAAGUCAAUCGAGAAAAAAUUCAGGGAAAGGAAAGUGCUAAAAAGAAAACAUUUCAGAUUCAGAAAAAAAUCGAAAAUCAUGUCGGAUUUGGAGAACUGCACAACAAGUUGAAAGAGUCCAAGCAGCGUGUCAAGGCUGUACGGUGUGGGCAGGGCUAUGAACAAUUUUCAGCUAAAAUGCAGGCAAUUUCAAAGCACAAGGCAAAAUGUGGCAAAGAUGAUAAAAAUACUAUGCUUAGUUUAUCACAGACAGAAACAAGCAAACUACGUAGCAUUUUAGUUCGGAAACCUCUCAUGGCUAAUGCUUUCCUUCUUAGAGUUUCCGAUAGAAUGAAAACAGAUAAUGAAAGACGCAUGGAUGAAAGAAAGAAGCAGUACUUUGUGGAAGAGCUGAAGGUCAUAUACAUGCUGCUUUGUUCCAUGACCAACAUGAGGACAAAACAUUUGAAAAGUAAAGUUCCCCUCAGUCAGGAAACUCUGAAACAGUUGAAAAAAGAUCCUUUUGAAGAAAGUGGAAACCAACCAUGUACAACAGGAAAUCUCCCUUUUAGCAAUUUAACUUGUGUCAGUCCAGGGAGGUCUCCUGAAUCAAGACACCAAAGUUCUUUGAUGUCUGGAGGAAAGCUGAAAGAUUUGUCCACUAUUGCAGAAUUAAAUCAAAAUCCUUCUCAGGUCCGAAGAAGUUCACAUUUACGGCGCUCCUCUGCAGCAGGGUCAACUCUGUUGAAAAAACGGUUUCUGAAUACAUUCGCUGGGGGUAAAAAUCAUCCCUUGCUUCCAACACAGCCAAAAUUUGAAACUUGGGAUGAUUUUUUGCAAGUGGACCCCAAGGAAAAGGAAUUUACAAAAUGUCAUCUCAAAGGCUUAAUAAAUAAGUUUAGGCCUUCCAUUAUGCACAGGAGACAUGGUGUAGUGGCAGAGAGCUUUCAAACUGCAGUCAAAUUGCUGAAGAGUCACACUCCACUGUGGCAACAACCAAAUCUGUCAGAUAAAUACUGGAAAAGUUUACUACAUAAAGAAGAAGGAGAACAAGAAGGGAAAGAUUCCAAAGACAUGAAAGUAGAGAAAUUAAUGGAGACCCACUUUGGGCAGUUGGUUGAACUUCGGAAUGAACUGUAUGAAAAUUGCAAAAGCAAAGUUGAAAAAAUUGAAAGAGAGAGACUUAAUAACUUCAGAAAUAGGCUGAAAGCAGUUCAGGUCACGCCUGUGUCUCUGUAUGAAGAGUACCAGGGUAAACUCCGUGGAGCAGUGAACAGAAAGCUACGUUCUCUUGAAGAAAUUCUAGAAAAUAACUCUUUGGCUGAAGACAACACAGUCAAAUGGUUGGAGUAUCUGAAGAAAUAUAUGAGCCUGGGAGGCUGCGCCAAGGAUCCAGAGAUUCAAGAACUGCUGAAGAAGAUCUCAAAGUUUGCAGGCAGUGAGAUAUGGAACAAAGUGGGAAAGACCAAGGAAAAACUGUGUUUGUUGACCAUGUCUUUACAAGCUUCUGAAAUUUGCUCCCCACCAGUUCAAGGGGCAAUACGGUUUGUACUGGAAGAUAUAAUUGGGGGAUCAUACGAGAUGUUUGAAAGGUGGAUUCAUCACAGGAAGCUGUUUGUAACGGGCAAGCUGCAACCAUCAAACUUGUCUAAUGACCCUUAG